ACCCGAGUUCACCCAGGCUCACCCUUCUAGGGCCUUCUUCCCGCAUGUUCACUCGGUGAACACUCACCGUCCGACGGAAGAAUAAUAUAUAAUGCCGCAUGGACAUCGCCAAACUCACCAGGUUCAGGUUGACUUUACCUGCCCACCAUGCCAGGUCUCAAAUUAACUGCGACUGCUCUUCUCUCGCUCUUUCCACUGCAAGUUUUCGCCGGGCCCUCAGUCCUGCGCUCCCGCGAAUCCAAUUUUGACGUGAUUCCUCCUGGAUUCACACUAGUCGGGACACCACCCAGUGACUCGAUCAUUGAUAUUCGAAUCGCUCUCAAGGCUGCGGACAAUGCGGGACUUCAAUCGAGACUUUACGAAGUCAGUACUCCUGGAAGCGCGUCGUAUGGCCAGUAUUUAACCAAAGAUCAGAUAAAAUCAUACGCUGCCCCAUCAUCUGAUUCCAUAACAGCCGUUACUUCCUGGCUUCUAUCACAGAAUAUAUCGGCUACAUCAACUGGCCCUUCUGGGGAAUACUUAUCUUUCUCGAUCCCAGUCUCAGAGGCGAACAACCUUCUCAAUGCCGAGUACACUAAUUUCACCUAUAGCUCACCUAGCUCUUCCACCAGCCAGGUAACCCAUACGUGGGGCUUAUACACGUCCGCUUAUAGCAUUCCAUCUGACUUGGCGGAGCACAUUACCCUCGUUUAUCCCUCGUUUGCGUUUGCUCCUCCUGUCAAUCGGAACGGGCGAACUAUUCUAUAUCCCAAAGCUGCUGCGACUGCUCGUAGGACUGCUAGUGCCAAGUUCGCGACGCGAGCUAAUACCGCUCCUGCGUCUUGUGAGACGUUGGUUCCACCUUCAUGUCUGCAAUCCUUGUACGGUAUUCCCAGCACGCCUGCGACCCAGCCUUCCAAUGUUCUCGGAGUUGCUUCUUUGCAAUCUAAUUGGGCUUUGGAAACGGACCUGGAAGCUUUCCUUACUGAAUACAGACAAGACAUGUCUUCCAAUACAACUUUCAUCCUCGUCAGCGUUGAAAACGGGACAAAUCCGCAAGAAGAGGGUUAUGCGUCUUAUGAGGCGAGCCUUGAUGUUCAAUACACAGUCGGUAUUGCCACCAACGUUCCCACCGACUUCAUCUCUGUCGGCAACAUCGAUACUGAUUUCUUCACAAGUUUGACUGAUUUGGCGGAGUACCUCAUUACCGCGGAUGAUCCCCCGCAAGUGGUGACGACCAGUUACGGAGUUGCAGAGGGAUUUUUGACAGCUAGUGAAGCGGGGUUGAUGGAACAAGUUUGUAACUCUUUCAUGCAAGCUACCUCGCGUGGCAUCUCUUUGAUGUUUGCUUCUGGUGACGACGGUGCAGGCGGGUGUACAGCAGGCACGACCAACCUCACUCUAUUCACUGCGUUUCCUGCUGCGUGCCCCUACGUCACUGCCGUUGGGUCUGUUACAGGAAUUAACCCGGAAGUUGCUUCAAAUUUCAGCGGUGGUGGUUUUUCAGACUACUUCUCCCGACCCUCUUACCAAGACACCGUCGUCUCUUCGUACUUUUCAUCCAUUGGUUCCGCCAAUGAGGGUCUAUACAAUACUUCAGGACGAGCGGUUCCUGAUAUCGCUGCUCAAGGUGAAAACAUACCUAUCAUCACCAAUGGUAGACAGGUUUUAGAGCUGGGCACAUCGGCGUCAAGUCCCAUUUUUGCGAGCGUAAUCAGCUUAGUUAACGAUAGGCUUGUUGCGGAGGGUAAACCAGUGCUGGGUUUCUUGAAUCCUUUCAUCUACAGCAACCCUCAAGCAUUCUUUGAUAUCGUCGAUGGAAGUACUCCAGGCCUUGUACCCGCUGAUUGUCCUGGAACUGUAGGUUGGUCUGCUACAGAAGGAUGGGAUCCGGCUACUGGGUUCGGUACACCAAACUUUAACGCUAUCGUUGCUGCUGCAGGGCUCUGAGAAGAGAUGAGGCACCUUGAGUAAACUGUACUGAAGUCUCCUAAACUCGGACUUAUUUACACAAACAAAUAUGUCAAAGUAAUUCGACGCUCAUUAUUCAUUGCGUUUUGGCUUCCCUCCUGCUUCGCUCAUCAUUGUGUUUCUUGAUGACCUUCAUUGGGAGCCUGUGGGCGACAAUGACGUUGUUUCCGGUUCUACCGUCCAUCUUGUCAAGGUAGCCAGCACAGCAACAAGCACAUCGCUGGGUUCAGAGUUUCCCUACAGUGAAAUGUAUUGGGGAACUUUUA